AAAAUUCUAUGGGAUGGUACCUGUUUGCUUCUGCCAGUCGUACAGAUCUCAACAAAAAUGAAAUUCUUGGUACUUGCUCUGUGCGUGUGCGCCGCGGCUGCUGAAACCUUCCCCGGUUUCGGUGGUUUCCGCAACCCAGCUUACGCCCCAGUCAAUGCCGCUAAAGCUGUGGCCUACGCCCCGGUCGCCGCCGCCCAGGUCGUAGCCCAGGCUGCUGCCCCAGUCGUCGCCCCCGUAGCUACCCCCGUCGCCCAGGCCGCCGCUGCCACCUAUGGUGCUGCCAAACAGGUCGUCAACAAGGCCUACAACAACGAAGCUGAAGCUGGCAUCGUCCGUUUCGAAAACGACAUCAGCCCCGACAACAGCUACAGAUACACCUUCGAGACCCAAAACGGUAUCAGCGCUGAAUCCGUCGGUACCUACAAGCAGGUCGGCGAAGCCGGUGGUGUUGUCGCCCAGGGUGCCUACAAGUACACCGCCCCCGACGGUACCCCCGUGUUGGUGUCUUACGUCGCUGACGAAAAUGGUUACCAGCCCCAGAGCGACCUCCUCCCCGUUGCUCCCGAAAUUCCCCCCCAGAUCGCCCGCGCUCUCGCUUACAUCGCCAGCCGCACCGCCCAGGUUGAGAAGAAGUACUAAUUUAACUAAAUUAUUGACCUGACCUGACCAAGAUCAACUGAAGACAACAGCGAAUUCACGAUAAAUAACAAGUCAUGAUUAUAGGAAUACUGAUGUUGUGUUGAGUUGCAGAUGGAUUUCUGUAUAAAAUAAAGGAUCUGUGCCAUCAUUACAUACUUGUUUUCUUUUUAUUUCUUGUCUAAUAUAUGAUUGCAUUGAUG